AUGCCGGAACCAGUCAAAAAAGCGCUUUCAGCCUUCACCAAGAAGCCAAAAAGCGCAGAGGCUACAGUUGGAGGUUCAAGCAUGUUCGAGGCAGUGACCGACAAGCCCGAAACUAAGGUGAAGUGGCAGCGUGACUCGAUAGACAUUGUUGCCAGUGAGAAGUAUGUCAUCAGCGCUGAAGGGAGAAAUCACUCACUCACCAUUAGAAACAUCUCCAAGGAGGAUGAUGUGGUCUACGCUGUGAUUGCAGGCACUUCCAAGGUCAAAUUUGAACUGAAGGUGAACACAGUAGAAGAGAAAAUCAAGGACGGCACAAAUAUCGCUUCAGCACUAGCUGAAGCUCCAACUCUGACUGAAGCUCCUUCGUCCAGCUCCACCCCUGCUGAUGCUGCAGCUCAGCAUGAAGCACAUGUUCCUGAGGAUUGUGCGGGACAAGAAGGUUUUCCUGAGAGCCAACAUCCAGACACACGUCAGGACCUGACGGGGCUCUUCUUGGAGAAACCCCAAAGCUCUGAAGUCACUCAGGGUGAGAAUAUAACCUUUGUGGCCAAGGUGGGCUCAGCAAACUUGUUGAAGAAGCCCACAGUCCGCUGGUUCAAGGGGAAGUGGAUGGAUUUGGCCAGCAAGGCAGGAAAGCACCUUCAGUUGAAAGAGCUGUAUGAUCGCAACUCAAAGGUGUACACUUUUGAGAUGCACAUCAUUGGAGCCAAGGCCAACUUUGCUGGUGGGUACCGGUGCGAGGUGUCCUCCAAGGACAAAUUCGACAGCUGCAACUUUGACCUCAUGGUUCAUGAGGCACGAACUUUGGGAGAUUUAGAUAUCCGUACAGCUUUCAGACGCACGAGCACUGAUGGAGGACAGGAAGCAGGAGAACUGGACUUCAGUGCUUUGCUGAAGAAGAGAGACAGUUUUUUAAAAGCAACAAAUCGCACCGUGCACAUGAACACAGAGCCUGAUGUGGACGUCUGGGAAAUUCUUCAGAAAGCGUCGCCUUCGGAGUACGAGAAGAUUGCCUUUCAGUAUGGAAUCACGGACCUCCGUGGCAUGCUGAAGAGGCUGAAAAAGAUGAAGAAGGAGGAGAAAAAGAGUGAUGUGUUCCUAAAGAAGUUGGACCCUGCCUACCAGGUGGAGAAAGGCCACAAGAUCAAACUUGCAGUGGAAGUGGCCAACCCGAGUGCUGAGGUGAAGUGGUUGAAGAAUGGACAGGAAAUCCAGCUAACUGGAAGCAAGUAUAUUUUUGAGAACGUGGGCAACAAGCGGUUCCUCACCAUCAACCAUUGCUCGCUGGCCGACGAUGCCGCCUACAGCUGUGUGAUUGGAGAUGAGAAGUGUUUCACUGAACUUUUUGUCAAAGAGCCACCAGUGCUGAUCACUCGCAACCUGGAGGACCAGAUGGUGAUGAAGGGCGAGCGAGUGGAGUUUGAGUGCGAGGUGUCUGAGGAGGGUGCUCAUGUCAAGUGGGAGAAGGAUGGAGUCGAGCUGACGAGGGAAGAAGCCUUGAAAUAUCGUUUCAAGAAGGAUGGAAAGAAGCAUGUGUUGAUCAUUAAUGAUGUCACCAAAGAAGACUGUGGCCACUACAGGGUUAAAACCAAUGGGGGGGAAUCGGUGGCAGAACUCAUGGUACAAGAGAAACAGCUUGAGGUGUAUCAGAGCAUUGCCGACCUGACCGUGAAGGCCAAAGAGGAGGCUGUCUUCAAGUGUGAGGUUUCAGAUGAGAAGGUGAAAGGAAUCUGGUACAAAAAUGGCAUGGAGGUGAAGUCUGACGCAAGAAUUCACAUUACACACAUCGGCAGGAUACACAAGCUGACCAUUGAAGAUGUGAAGCCUGAAGAUGAGGGAGACUACACUUUUGUUCCUGAGGGAUAUGCCUUUAACCUCUCUGCCAAACUUAGCUUCCUUGAGGUCAAGAUUGACUAUGUUCCACGACAAGAUCCACCGAAAAUCCAUCUGGACUGUAUUGGGAAUACAGCCGAGUCAACCAUUGUGGUGGUGGCUGGGAACAAGCUGCGACUCGAUGUGCCCAUCACGGGUGACCCUGCGCCCACUGUGGUGUGGACCAAGUCCGAGAAGGUUAUCUCCAACGCAGAAGGUCGAGUCCACGUGGAGAGCACCAACGGCCACUGCAUCUUCACCAUUGAAGGGGCGGAGCGACAGGACGAGGGUGUGUACACGGUGAUCGUGCGAAACCCAGCGGGAGAGGACAAUGCCGACAUCACUGUCAAGGUUGUGGAUGUGCCAGACGCCCCCCAGACCCCGAGAAUCUUGAGUGUUGGAGAGGACUCCUGCAUAGUGCAGUGGGACCCCCCACUGUUUGAUGGAGGCAUGCCUGUUCUGGGUUAUGUCCUUGAGAGAAAGAAGACAAGAAGCUACAGGUGGAUGAGGCUGAAUUUUGACCCAUACAAGGAACUGACUUACGAGGCAAAGCGAAUGAUUGAGGGCGUGGCCUAUGAAAUGCGUGUCUAUGCAGUAAAUGCCAUUGGCAUGUCUCGUCACAGUCCUGCCUCCCAGCCCUUUGUGCCAGUUGCCCCGACCAGUGCUCCCAUUGGCCUGUGCAUAGACGACAUCAGUGACACAUCCAUCACUCUGAAGUGGAGAACUCCAGAACGUCUAGGUGCAGCAGAACUAGAAGGAUAUGGGGUUGAAUACUGCAAAGAAGGAACGGACGAGUGGGUGCCAGCCUUCCAGGGGCUGACAGAUCGCACAUCAGUGCUCAUUAGGGACUUGCCUACAGGCGAGAAGAUGCAAUUCCGUGUUCUGGCAUACAACAUGGCAGGCGCCAGCCCGCCCGCCACCCUGGGCCAGCCUGUCACCAUACGGGAGAUUAUGCAACGCCCCAAAAUUUGGCUUCCUCGAAACCUUCGCCAGACUCUGAUCAAAAAAGUUGGAGAAUCGGUGAACCUAGUGAUUCCUUUCCAGGGAAAACCUCGACCAAAGGUCACCUGGAUAAAGGAAGGCGAACCUCUGGACCCCAAGCAUGUCAACAUACGGAACAGCGACACGGACACCAUCCUGUUUAUCCGCAAGGCAGAGCGUAAGGACUCCAGCAAGUAUGAAGUGCAGGUGCAAAUUGAAAAUGUGGAGGACAAGGCCAACAUCAACAUCCAGAUUGUUGACUUACCUAGCCCACCUCAGAACCUUAAAAUCAUGGAUGUGUGGGGCUUUAACGUGGCUCUGGAAUGGAAACCUCCUAAAGACGAUGGGAACUGUGACAUCACAGGCUACACGAUCCAGAAAGCGGAUAAAAAAACUAUGGAGUGGUUCACUAUGUACGAACAGUUCCGACGCACUACCUGCGUUGUGUCAGACCUUGUCAUGGGUAAUGAGUAUGUUUUUCGCAUCUACGCCGGCAACAUGGUGGGUCUGAGUCAAGAGGCCUGCUUCUCUAAGGACAGCGCCUUCAUCCCAAAAACAGGUAUGGUGUACAAACCACCCGUUUACAAAGCACACAACUUCUCAGAAGCCCCCAAGUUCACACAUGCAUUGGUGAGCCGAUCGGUGAUUGCAGGAUACAAUGCCACGUUGAGCUGCUCUGUGCGUGGCAUCCCAAAGCCCAAAAUCACCUGGUACAAGAAUAAAAUGGACAUAUCAAAUGAGGCCAAGUACCGGAUGUUCAGCAAGCAGGGUGUCCUGACCCUGGAGAUCCGCAAACCUUGCCCCUUCGAUGGGGGGGUGUACACCUGCAAGGCGGUCAAUGAAUACGGCGAAGAUUCAGUGGAGUGCAAGCUGGAAGUACGACGUAAGUAGCCCCUCAU